AUGCAGAUUGUUAAUGCUUGCCGACUUUGCAAAAAAGUGAAGUCUUGCAUUGUCAGACCGUUAGCCUGUUUGGUUACUUCCACCAAUGCAAUGGCCAAGAGCAAGUUUGAAUAUGUGCGUAACUUUGAAGUAGAUGACACCUGUCUGAAGAACUGCUACAUUGUCGUGAGGUUGGAUGGACGCAAUUUCCACAAAUUUGCAGAGCAGCACAAGUUCAUCAAGCCCAAUGACAACAGGGCCCUGAACCUGAUGACACGUAGCGCCCGCUCGGUCAUGGAGGAGCUCGAGGAUAUUAUUAUUGCCUAUGGGCAAAGUGAUGAGUUCAGUUUUGUUUUCAAGAGGUCCUCCACCUGGUUCAAGAGGAGAGCCAGCAAACUGAUGACCCACGUGGCAUCACAAUUCUCGUCCUCUUAUGUCUUUUACUGGAAAGAGUUUUUUGGAGAGCAGCCUCUCCUCUACCCACCGGGUUUUGAUGGACGUGUUGUACUUUAUCCUACCAACCGCAACCUGAAAGAUUAUCUGAGCUGGAGGCAAGCAGACUGUCACAUUAACAAUUUGUAUAACACAGUAUUUUGGACCCUAGUACAAAAAGGAGGAGUAACGACGGUUCAAGCAGAAGAUCGCUUAAAGGGGACGGUAGCUGCUGACAAAAAUGAAAUACUGUUCUCAGAAUUUGAUAUCAACUACAACAACGAACCAGCUGUCUAUAGGAAAGGCACCACGCUCAUCUGGGAAAAGCAGGAUGAAACUGUCACCAAUAAUGUACUGAAUGGUAAGAAGAAAGACAAAAGCAAGAGGAGAGUGCAGGCCUACCAUUCCGACAUCAUAGGACACGACUUUUGGGAGCAAAACUCAAAUAUUCUGGAAGAGGACGGCUGCUAG